AUGACAGGCUUCGACUUCUCCAACUACAACCGUAACGCGGCUCUUCACGCCAGGGGCGUUCCCCUCCCCAAAGCCACCAGUACCGGUACUACAAUUGUGGGAUGCAUUUACGAUAAUGGCGUUGUGAUUGCGGCAGAUACCAGAGCCACCAGUGGACCCAUAGUAGCAGAUAAGAACUGUGAGAAGCUUCACUACAUCGCCCCGAAGAUCUGGUGUGCUGGUGCCGGUACAGCCGCCGAUACCGAGUUCACCACCGCCCUGAUCAGCUCAAACGUCGAACUGCACUCCCUAUCGACAGGUCGCGACCCCCGUGUGAUUACCUGCAUGACGAUGCUUAAGCAGCACCUCUUCCGGUACCAAGGUCACAUCGGUGCCUACCUGGUUGUUGCAGGUGUUGACCCCACAGGUGUUGGUCUUUACACUGUACAUGCACACGGCUCCACAGAUAAGUUGCCAUACGUGACCAUGGGAUCCGGAUCGUUGGCAGCGAUGUCUGUCUUUGAGUCGAUGUGGCAACCGGAUUUGGACAAGGAUGGUGCUGUGAAAUUGUGUGCUGAGGCCAUCAAGGCUGGUAUCUUCAACGAUCUGGGCUCUGGUAGCAAUGUUGAUGUCUGCGUCAUUGAAAAGGACAAGCCAACUCAGUUGAUGCGCAAUUAUGAGAAGCCCAACGAGCGUGGACAGAAGGAGCGGAACUACCGUUUCCCACGUGGUACUACUGCUUGGUUGAACCAGAAGGUUAUCAGCAAGGAAGAUAUGAAGAGAUAUGUUACUAUUGAGACGCUUUCUGGUGACAGCAACCUCGCGGAGAAGAUGGAGGUGGACAGCUAG